CCGGAAAUAGAUUUUUAUAUUUUUCAAAAUUAGUACAUUUUGAUAUGAAUAUCACAUAAUUGCUACUUCAAAUAUAUUUUACACCUCAUAUGGUGUGAAGUAUGAGUCUAAGAUCAGUUUGGAUUGUUUCUUUACCAGGGAGAACAAUAGGAAAAGUUUUAUUUAGCAAGUAUUUUGGGACUGUAGAAAGACGAGCUAAGAUAUUUGAUGGUGAAUUCUAUACCAGCAUCCCAGAUCAUAAUGCUUUCUAUGAGGCGCUUACGUCAGAAUUGGGUGUGACAUUGAAUCCACUGAAUAAGGGCUCCACACGUGACAGCUGUGGUAACAUUGGCCAGAAACCUGUAUUUGAACUCACAUUGAAGAAUAACAAAAAGCUAUGGCCACUUUUAGUUGUUGAACAGUAUGGUGUAUUGUUUUGCUGUCUUCCACUAGUAGAGGAUGGGUGUGGCAGUAAACCUCCUCUUGUCAAAAUAACAGGUCUAUCUGUUGGAUUCUCACUGCUGUUAGGCAUGGCUGAUUGUAUUGGACCUCUUAACCAACCACUUGCUGAGACUUCUGUGAAGUUGGCAGAACUACAUGGCUACCUUCACCAGGCUGCACCAUUUGGUACUCCAACAAUGAUCAGUCCCCAUGUUGUCAAGGGAACACUACUUAGUAGAUCAACUACCAGUCAAUCUGGACAGAAGCAUCCUGCUUGGAAGCCAGUAUCCCAUAGAGGAAAAUCUCAACUCUAUCUUGCCAUUACAGAACAGAUUAGAGCAGUGCAAUAUGACAGACAGGACACCCCAGAUGCCUAUACCCUCACAGGAAGUGCAGUAUGUAAGGCUGAACUGGAUGGUUUAAUACAAGAUGUAUCUGUUAAUCUACAACAGAGAAAAGAUGGGGUGCCCCUAGACCACCUUGUGGUACACCCAUUUGUCAGCAUUUCAGACUCCCAAUCUAUAUACUCUACAGAUUCGCCACCCAGCUCUAGAAGGCUUAGAUUCACACCACCUCUAGAAAUGUUCACACUGUGCCAUUAUACUGUGACAUCAUUACCUCAUCUACCAAUCAAAGGCUUCUACCAGAUGAAACUAAAGGACAAAGAUUCGGUGGAAUUACUUAUCCAACUAAAACUGAUGGAUAAUAUCAAAGCAUCAUUUGAAUAUUGUGAGCUCCAGAUACCUUUCUUUAACAGGGGUCCCAUGGUACACUGUGAUUCUACCCCAAGCUGUGGAACAACCCUCAUGUCCCCUGAUAAAACAAUACUUGUAUGGAAUAUUGGUCAUAAAUUCCCCAGCAAAAGCAACGAGGCAUCUUUGAAGGCCAGUGUAAAGUUUGGCCAACCCAAUGUCCAGGCUAUCAAAGAGGAAACCUUCUGCACAGGACAGAACUCAUAUGCUCAGAUAUACUUCAAACUAGUGGAUUACACAGGUAGUGGUGUUCAGAUAGACCCAAAGUCAGUUCAAGUGUCCCCACAGACAAAGCACAAGCUCACAAUAGUGCAAGAACUUGUAGCGGCAGACUACAAAAUCUGGAACUCCCAUGGUGAUGCCCUAUCUGGCUUUAGUCCCAUACAGAACUCUGCAUAAUACCAGAAUACAUUCCUCCGCAUAUUCUAUUUUACAUUCAUUCCUGUAAAAAGC